AUGCUAGAUCCUGAGGGCAGUGUGGAGCACAAGCCUUCCUCUUCCUUCCCUAAAGUUUUUCUCAUUCCUCUAGCCAUGCUCCUUGCAAUUACAGCACUCCUGCUCUUAGCAUUUUCCACCACUCAGCAGAAAGAGACUGAUUUUUACACUUUUAAAGUUGUAAAUAUCAGGGGCAAACUAGUAUCUCUGGAGAAAUACAGGGGCUCGGUGUCAUUAGUUGUCAACGUUGCAAGUGAAUGUGGGUUUACAGAUAGUCACUACAAGGCCUUACAACAGUUACAGAAAGACCUCGGCCCAUAUCAUUUCAAUGUGCUGGCAUUCCCAUGCAAUCAGUUUGGGCAGCAAGAACCAGACACCAACAAAGAAAUAGAGAGUUUUGCACGAAAGACUUACGGUGCCUCCUUUCCUAUGUUCAGCAAAGUUGCAGUCAGUGGAGCUGGUGCAAUUCCUGCCUUCAAGUACUUAAUUGAUACUACAGGAGAAGAACCAACCUGGAACUUCUGGAAAUACUUGGUAGACCCCAAUGGGAAAGUAGUAAAGGCCUGGGACUCUACUGUCUCUGUUGAAGAAAUAAGACCUCAUGUUACAGAACUUGUGAGGAAAAUCAUCCUGAAGAAAAAAGAUGAAUUAUGACUUUCAAAAUCACAGCAGCUCAAUUACAUCUUUAUUGAGAAUUAGGAAUGCGCUCUGUCUUUUCACAUUCCAAAAGAGAGAAUAUGCAGAAGAGAAAACAUGACCAGUUGAGUUGAUAUUCACCACCUUCAGAAUGCAAAAAACAGAAAUUUUAAAUUUAAUUACUUUUUAAUUUCAUUUUUGCUAUCCCCAAAUAUAUUCUAUUUGGCUCUUCCAAGAAAGAAGGUUGCAUCAGCAACUUUUUAAUUCCCAAUUCAAAUUACUGCUAGUUUGUAACACUACACAAAACCAGAUAACAUACCUCUAGCAAACAGGAUCAGAGUAACAAGAAUUUCCCAGCUGGAAUAUUUCUCACAUCUAAAAUUCUGUUGUCAUAUUUUGAUCACUAUCUAAAUGAAAAAGAAUAAAAAGUGUGUGAGUGAUUUAAGGUAUGUGUUAGGAAGAGGACAAAAAACAGAUACGUCUCAUCCAAACCAACUUCAUUGUAUGUUUUUCUAAUUAUGAAGGUCAAACAUUUCACUGGAAGGUCAGUUGUCAUGGGCCUGAGGAAAACAUAUCCAUGAAACUUAAAGAAACAGAAUACAAAGCCUCUGUAAAAACUCUUCAAAAGCUGUAAGAUCUCAGCAUUUUUUCAUCCAAUAAGGAUUAUCAGAUAACAUAAAAAGCCAUCGGAACAUCUGGAGGACGAGAGCCUAUCUGGGAUGGCUGUUGCUUUCUUUUAGCAGCACUGUGUCUUAGAAGACUUACUCUUACCUCCUAUAAUUGAUUCUAAGUUUAUUUUGGAAUUUAUAACACCAUCUGAUUUGGCUGCAUGUACAAACACUAGAGAAUUAACAUUUUCCUAUGAAGCACAUUUUCCAAACAUUUGACUGUUGCAUAAUGCUAUAUUAUUCAAUGUUGCAAAUGUUUAGUUGUACCCUUGUUUCAAAGGUAGCACUCAGGUACCUAUUCAAACUUCACACUGCAGAGGUUAUUAGUGCAUACUAAAAUAAUAACAAUAAUAAUUACAGCCCAUUGUUCUUUGACAGAAAUCCACUGAAAAUCUUGUCAGCAAGAACUCUUUUCAUCAAUAAAAACACAAUGUACAGGUCCCUUGCUUUUAAACUCAGGAAGAAGCCAGUCUUGUCCAAUGGCAGUGUUAUUGACAAUUGAAAGCCUUUUUGGUGCUUUGUAAUGCUUUUUAAAGUAGCAAAAACAGUAUUUGUCCAUGCAGUUGUCAGGGCUCGAGUACAUAAAUAAGCCUUAAAUGCUCUGGCCAUGGUACGAAGUUAUAAUGGCAUGAUGAGCUGGAAUAGCUCUUCAGCAUGCAAACAGUCUUCAGCAUGCAAACAGUCUUCAGCUGAAAUCAAAGGCAGGCAUUAUGGCAUGCACUGGCUUGCAUAAAAAAAAAAAAAAAAAAAAAAAAAAAAGGGAAAUGGAGUACUGAAGAACUAUUGGAAAUAAAAGAAUUGAUCUCAGAGUCCAUUACAAUCCCAUGCUUUAACAGCUGCUCACUUCUGAGGUCUUGGACACAUGACAUAGCCUGGCCUAAGGAAGAAAAGAGCUGGAGAUGUUUUAGGGUUUGAAGAGUGGCUCUGAGGGACAGAGAUUGUACUGUGCAAAGCAAGCUGAAUUUCCCUGAAAGAAUGCAAGGGCCAGGUGUGG